CCUUUUUACCCAUAUACUCCGGCGCUACCUAGAUCCAAACGCUAACGCUGUCCCUUACCCGGACGCUUUCUUCUCCGGCGACGUCGAAAUGAAGGCGGGGAUGCGAACUCGAAAGUCAACCCACCACCUCUGCUGCCUCCUUCUGAUAUUUCUCUCUCUUCUCCCUCUCUCCGCUCUCGCUCGCCCCUUUGUCCUCGUCCUCUCCCAGGACGACCUCAAGGAAACGUCUUCAACUCCUUCCGAAGAUGACGACGUACAUGGCAGUGGCGACUCUUCCGAGUGGGAGGAGUUCGGCGAACCCAGCUCCAAGCCCGACGACGAGCUCGAUCCGGGUUCAUGGCGCCCGAUCUUCGAGCCCGACCUCGGCCCCUUGGAUCCUAUGUCCGGCGACGAGGCUCUUUACUACUCCGGCGUAAGUAGGAUGAUCUUAGCCGUCAGUUCCGGUGACCCGAGGGUGAUGGAGGAGGCCGCAUCAGAGAUCGAAGCGGCGGCGAAAAGGGCGUAUCCGCCGGCUCAGUCAGUACUGGGAUUUCUCUACCAGAUGGGGCAGAUGAGGGAACGGAAUGGAGCGAAGGGGUUUCUAUAUCAUUACUUUGCUGCCGAGGGUGGUAACAUGCAGUCGAAGAUGGCGCUUGCGUAUACUUACUCUCGCCAAGAAAUGCAUGAAAAAGCUGUUAAGCUGUAUGCUGAAUUGGCAGAAGCGGCUGUGAAUAGUUUCUUGAUCUCAAAAGACUCGCCUGUGAUUGAACCAAUUAGGAUCCAUAAUGGAGCAGAGGAGAAUAAGGAGGCCCUAAGGAAGUCACGGGGGGAGGAGGAUGAGGACUUCCAGAUUUUGGAAUAUCAGGCUCAGAAAGGGAAUGCAGGAGCCAUGUACAGGAUUGGAAUUUUCUACUACUUUGGUUUGAGAGGGUUGAGGCGUGAUCAUGCAAAGGCGUUAUCAUGGUUUUUGAAGGCUGUGGAUAAGGGGGAGCCAAGAUCAAUGGAACUUCUUGGGGAGAUAUAUGCUAGAGGAGCUGGAGUUGAGAGGAACUACACUAAGGCACUUGAAUGGCUUAAACUUGCAUCUAGACAACAACUUUACUCUGCUUAUAAUGGUAUGGGAUAUUUAUAUGUCAAAGGCUAUGGAGUUGAAAGGAAGAACUACACUAAAGCAAAGGAGUACUUUGAGAAAGCUGCUGAUAACGAUGAAGCUGGAGGGCAUUAUAACUUGGGCGUACUGUAUCUCAAAGGAAUUGGGGUGAAAAGGGAUGUGAAGCUUGCAUGCAAAUAUUUCAUAGUUGCAGCUAAUGCAGGUCAACCAAAGGCAUUUUACCAAUUGGCCAAGAUGUUCCAUACUGGUGUGGGGCUUAAGAAGAAUCUUGGCAUGGCUACUGCAUUAUACAAACUGGUUGCAGAACGGGGACCAUGGAGUUCCUUGGCUAGAUGGGCACUGGAGGCAUACUUAAAAGGUGACGUGGGCCAGGCGUUCCUCUUGUACUCAAGGAUGGCAGAGCUUGGGUAUGAGGUGGCACAAAGUAAUGCUGCAUGGAUUCUUGACAAAUAUGGGGAGCGCAGUAUGUGCAUGGGAGAAUCUGGAUUCUGCACGGAUGCAGAAAGGCAUCAGCGUGCACAUUCUUUGUGGUGGCAGGCUUCUGAGCAGGGUAAUGAACACGCUGCUUUGUUGAUUGGGGAUGCUUAUUACUAUGGUCGGGGAACUGAGAGAGAUUAUGAACGUGCAGCAGAGGCUUAUAUGCAUGCCAAAUCUCAAUCUAACGCACAAGCCAUGUUCAACCUUGGGUACAUGCAUGAGCAUGGCCAAGGACUUCCGUUUGAUCUUCAUCUUGCCAAGCGCUACUAUGAUCAGGCUCUAGAGAUUGAUCCUGCAGCCAAGUUGCCUGUCAAGCUGGCCCUCACAAGCCUGUGGGUUCGGAAGAACUACGCUAACAGUUUCCUUGUUGAUUGGAUUGAUUCACUGCCCGAAGUUUAUCCGAAAAUCGAAUCAUGGGUGGAGAAUGUGCUCCUGGAGGAAGGAAAUGCAACAAUACUCACCCUCUUUGCCUGCCUUCUCACGGUUCUUUACCUUCGUGAGCGGCAACGCAGGAAUGCCAUUGCUGGGGAGGUAGCUGCUCCUCACCGCCCUAAUGAACUUCUUGCUCCUGCUCCGAACUAAGAGAUGACACCGGUAGCAUGGAUAAACAUCGAGUUCUUUACUGCCAUAAUCCUGCAUGAGAAGGGCAAAGUUUUCUACAAAAUUAUGCACGGGCGUUUGGUUUGUCUUCACUGGGAGGGAAGUCGAGGACUUUUUUGACAUGCAUUUAAUGAUGGGAUUUAAAAGGCGCCAAUCUCCGUCAGGGAAGAUUGAAAAAAAUAAAAGAGGUUCCCGAGAUUAACAAUGCUAAUUUCAUUGUUUGCUUAUACAAAGUGCAGAAAGGCUGACACAUUAUUGUCGUGAGAAACGCUUAUAUUUUGGAGGGGUAAUUUCAUAGGGAGAGUUGCGUUAAAUGCUAGUCUUUGUUUAUACGUAACAAGUCUUUUUAUGGUAGAAUGUUGAGCUAAACUAAGUUUUGGUGUUGACCCCUUUGUUAUUUUUGUUUUGUAUUUUUUGUUUUCUUUUUAUGGGGUGCUUAAAGAGUAUACAUGGUUAAUUUCUUGUUAGUAGUUUAUAAUAUGUAAUGAUUGGGUUACUGUAAUGAGAAUUGUAAUCUUAUGUAUCUCAGUAAUAUUUUUUUCCC